GUGGAUCCAGGCAGUACACGUGCGGCAAAUGUGGGAGAUUCUUAGGCCACAAGUCUGUCCUCCUUCAUCCCCAGAGAUGGCACAGUGGAGGGAAAAGUUAUGUUUGUAGCGGGUGUGCAAAAUCUGUUAGCAGUAGCUCUGUGUUGAUUAUCAUAGGAUUCAGUCUGGAGAAUGGUUAUAUAAGUGUUGUUGCUGUGCAAAGUCUUUUCCCUCUAUGUCUGCCCUCUCACAUCAUCAGAGAACUCACACAGGGGAAAGACUGUAUGAGUGCAGUGAUUGUGGGAAAUGUUUUACCACUAGUUUGAUUCUCCGUGCUCACCAGAGAGUUCAUUCAGCAGAAAGGCCUUAUAAGUGCAGUGAAUGUGGCAAGUCCUUUGUCCGAAGGUAUAGCCUCAAAGUACAUGUAAAGAUUCGCUCAGGUGAAAGGCCUUAUAAGUGUAAUGAAUGUGAGAAAUCUUUUAAGUGGAAGUCAACUUUGAUUAAACACCAGAGAGUUCACACAGGAGAAAGGCCUUAUGAAUGCAGUGAAUGUGGCAAGUCCUUUGUCCGAAGAAAUAUUCUCAAAGUACACAUAAAGAUUCACUCAGGUGAAAAGUCUUAUAAGUGUAAUGAAUGUGGGAAAUCUUUAAAAUGUAAGUCAACAUUGAUUAAACACCAGAGAAUUCACACAGGAGAGAGGCCUUAUGAGUGCAGUGAAUGUGGGAAAUCUUUUGCCACUAGUUCUGUCCUUCAUUGUCACCAGAGAGUUCACACUAGAGAAAGGCCUUAUAAGUGCAGUGAAUGUGGGAAAUCCUUUACCACAAGGUCUGUCCUCCGUGAUCACCAGAGAGUUCACACUGGAGAAAGACCUUAUGAGUGCAGUGAAUGUGGCAAGUCUGUGUCCAAAGAUAGCCUGAGCGUGCACCUAAAGGUCCACUCAGGUGAAAAGCCUUACAAGUGUAGGUGUGGGAUAUCACUGAAGUGUAAGUCAACAUUCAUUGAACACCAGAGAAUUCACACUGGAGACCAUCCUCAUGAAUGCCGUGAUUGUGGGAAAUCUUUUACUUUGAAAUCUGCCCUUCAUUCCCACCAGAGAGUUCACACUGGAGAACGGCCAUAUGAGUGCAGUGACUGUGGGAAAUCUUUUACCACUGCUUCUCACCUUCGUUCUCACAAGAGAGUUCACAAUAGUGAAAGGCCUUACAAAUGCAGCGAAUGUGGCAAGUCCUUUUCCCGAAGGAGUAGUCUCAAUGUACAUAUCAAGGUUCACUCAGGUGAAAGGCCUUACAAAUGUAAUGAAUGUGGGAAAUCUUCCAACUAUAAGUCAGCGUUCAUUCAACACCAGAGAAUUCACACAGGAGAAAAACCUUAUCUGUGCAGUGAAUGUGGGAAAUCUUUUAGUUCUAGCCGUGCCCUCUGGUAUCAUCGUCAGAGUCACCUUGCAGUAAGUCCUUAUGAUUGUAGUGAUUGUGGGAAAUCUUUUACUUGUAGUUUUUAUCUCUGUGAUCACCAGAGAGUUCACACUGGAGAAAGGCCUUAUAAGUGCAGUGAAUGUGGGAAAUCUUUCACUUCUCACUUCUCAUUCUCUCCUCCAUUCUCACCAGAGACUUCACACUGGAAAAAGGCCUUAUGAGUGCAGUGAAUGUGGCAAAUCCUUCUUCCAAAGAAAUAACCCUGAAUGUACACAUAAAGGUUCACUCAGGUGAAAAGCCUUACAAGUGCAAUGAAUGUGGGAAAUUGUUGAAGUACAAGUCAGCCUUCAUUCAACACCAGAGAAUUCACACAGGAGAAAGGCCUUAUGCUUGCUGUGAAUGUGGGAAUUUUUUUUUUCAGUUAUGGUGCGCUCAGUUAUCAUCACAGAGUUCACACUGGAAAAAGACCUUAGGAGGUGGGGAAUCUUUCAGCUAAAUUUCCAGUCUCAUUCAGCAUGAGAAAGUACACAGUAGAUAAAGUCUGGGUGGGUGAAAACAUGAACUAAAGGGUUCUGUUCUGUAAUGUUGCUAUGUUGACUCCUGUCCUCUAAUGCAGUAGGAGUAGCAGAUGAUGUCUUUGGGAGGUAAUUGAUAACUAGAAUGGAUCAUGUAUGUCAAUUCCUAAUGAAUGGUGUUAAUGUAUUGGAAGUAUUCUGAGACAGCCUGCUUCCCCUGUCAAUUGUGUGAGGACCCUUUGAGAUCUUCUAUAAAUCAGGAAGCUGGUCCUUAUGAGACAAAACCAGGCUAUAUGGAGAAUGUAAUGGGAGAUAGCCAGCCUCCAGAAGUGAGAAAUUUUUGUUGCUUACAAGCCACCCUGUAUAUCGUAUUUUGUUAGAGCAGCCUGAGCUAAGAAACACGUGAAUAGUGUAGGUAAUGUUUUGGGCAAAAUACUUUUUCAUAAAAAUCGGAGGUCACCUCGGAGCAUGACCACAUGGGUGAGCUGAAGGACACUAGUCCUUUAGCCAGACAUCUGUCUUCAUUCUACACUUGAGAGUUCACACUGCAGAAAGACUUUAAAAUGGUAGAGAACAUGGUAUUUCCUUCUUUCGUGUAAUUAUGCUGCAGAGAACCUUACGAGGCAGCCACCUUCCUGAAUUCAGCUUUGUUCACCUGCACAUCCACAGCGGAGUUACUUCCCGAAAUUCCAACUAUUUGGGAAAUGUUCAGAAGUUGUAUUGUAUGUUCUGAUGUGUCCAAGGUCAUUGCUGGAGUCCCUGCCAGAUUUUGUGACAAGUCAUUUCACCUCUGUCAUCUGUAUGGUCCCAAUAAUGAACAUCUGUCACCACCCGGCUUAGUGAUGCUGACCACUUCACUUUGUCAUUCGCUGGUGGACAUGAUGUGUACUGAGAUCUCCUCAGUGCCGUCUAAGUUAGUGCAUGGAUAUGACCCAGUGUUGACCCUCCAUACCUCUUGAGUUCUGGAUGAUGUUUUGCAGAGAAAGACUAAGUGAUUUAGGGACCUUGUUGGUCUCCUGAGUUUUGUGAUAAAUAUUUGCAGCUUCUAAGUCAGUAACGCAAGAAAUGGGUGCUGUGUGUUGCUCUCGCUUAUGCAUUAAAGGCCUUUGUGUUUAAUUACUGUUAUGCCCCAAUAAUGGGUCCGUGGUUAAAGGAGUGAGACUGAUACAAAGCAAAGGUCAAGCAAAGCUUUAUUUUGCGCCAGGCGUCAAGAAUCUAACUGAACGUUGGGGGCUGCACCUCUUACAAGAGAGAGCGACCCUUCUCUGUUUUGCGAUUAGUUGUUUUUUUUUUUUUUUUUUUUUUUAAGAUUUUAUUUAUUUGGGGCGCCUGGGUGUCUCAGUGGGUUAAGCCGCUGCCUUCGGCUCGGGUCAUGAUCUCAGGGUCCUGGGAUCGAGUCCCGCAUCGGGCUCUCUGCUCAGCGGGGAGCCUGCUUCCUCCUCUCUCUCUCUGCCUGCCUCUCUUCCUACCUGUGAUCUCUCUCUGUCAAAUAAAUAAAUAAAAUC